GAGACUCAGGUUUGCCCAGUCUUGGCUUGACUUGACUCUUGUCAGUGCAGUGAGUCUUGACUUGUCUUGAGUCUCGAGUAACUGUUGUAGCCUGCUAGCUCCUGUCUCUCUACUCGCCGUAGGCUGUGUGUAGAUCUACUAUGGGCCUGGUGUAUGUAGAUCUACAACUACACAGAAGAGGAGCGCGUCACACCGUCAGUCACAGAUCGUAAACACAGUCGAGGGAGACGAAACAGCGAGAGCGACGUCGACUCAGCUUUCCAGUGUUCUUGCGUUUAUGUAGCGUUUGCUUGAGGGAGUAGUGAGCGUGUGGAGUAGGUCAGCAGCUGCCUUUCGUUCAGUGACUAUUCUACCUGGGACCAUAGAGGUGAAAGCGAGGUGCAUCCGUCGACCAUGGACGAUUUGGACGCGCUGCUGGAGGAUUUGCAGGCAGUCGUGCCUCGCACAGAUCGUCCCAGCAGUAAGACCCCCGCUGCGAGCCUCGCCAGUACUGGUAGUGGAAGCAGUGGCAGUUCGAACAUCUCAACGCAGCGCGCUGUGAACGGAGGAUCUGCACCACUAGCGCUGGCAGGAGUGAACGGAACAACCUCCUCGACGAACAACAUGCUCUCCUCGUCUGGCGGCGGUACAGUGGCCAGUACCAGCAAUAUAUCAGGUGCUGUCAGUCCUGGAAUGACGAACGCAUCUAGCAAUCUUGCAGAGCUGGACAGCCUGUUGGAGUCGCUCAACUCUCCCAGUCUUGGCAUGGAUUUAGACGAUGAAGCAAUUCGUGCCCUGGGUAUGCCAGAUGGAGGUGUCAGCUCGAAGGGUGGUCAGGGCAGCUACAAGUCGUCGCCAGCGGCCAGGCCGGACGUUGGCAAUCUGCUGACGGACCUGGACAAUGCCGUGUCAGUGCGUUCCAGUGCAUCGCCGCCGAACAACAUGGCGCAGCAGAGCAACUCGGCCAGCCCGCCUGUGCCCCCGUCGGCCGACGCAUCCAGUGCUACACGCGACCUGGAUGCGCUCAUGGCCAGUCUCAGUGACUUCCAGAUGACCACUGGCGGGGGCGGUGGUGGCGGCGGCGGUGCAGUAAGUAAUAAAGCGUCCGACGCCAGCGCUAACCAACUGUACGCGCAUCCCAAGGCAAUCGCCACCGGCUCGGAUGCUAGUUUAGGCGCAGUGAGCACCGCCAGUCAGGGGUUUCCGCCGGCUGCGCCGCCGGAAGAGGAUCCAUCGGCACGCCUCAGUCAGCUAGACUCCAUGCUUGGCCAUCUCCAGUCCGACCUGUCGCGGCAGGGCAUUACUAGCUCAUCGAAGGGAACAUGCUCGGCAUGCCAGAAAGAAAUCGUUGGACAGGUGAUAACAGCUCUAGGCCGCACAUGGCAUCCGCAUCAUUUCAUCUGCGUCUGCUGCAAGGCAGAGCUGGCCACGAGGAACUUCUUUGAGCGCGAGGGCAAGGCAUACUGUGAGAAGGAUUACCAUGAGAAGUUUGCGCCCAAGUGUGCGUAUUGCGACGGGCCUAUACUGGAGCGGUGCAUGACUGCCCUCGGUAAAACGUGGCAUCCCGAGCAUUUCAUUUGUGCCCAUUGCGGCAAUCCGUUCGGGCCCAGCGAAAGCUUUCAUGAGAAAGAUGGCCAGCCAUACUGCCGCAACGAUUACUACGAGCUGUUCGCACCCAAGUGUGGUGCCUGUGAGCGUCCGAUCUUCGACAGUUUUGUGUCAGCCUUGAAGAAGCAAUGGCAUCCAGAGUGCUUCAAUUGCAUGGAGUGCGGCGAAGCGUUCAAGGGCGGCAACUUCUUUGAGCACGAUCUCAUGCCCUACUGUGAGAAGCACUAUUACAAUCGUCAGGGAGCGGUCUGCUCACAGUGCAAGAAGCCGGUGACUGGCCGCUGCAUCACGGCCAUGGGACACAAGUACCACCCGGAGCACUUUGUCUGUGUGUUCUGCAUGAAGCAGCAGCAUGGGCACGUUCAAGGAGCACGGCGAGCGUCCAUACUGCAUGAAGUGUUACGGCAAGCUGUUCGGCUGAGCCGCCGGAUACUGCCGGGGCCAGUAUGUACAUUGUACGUAUCAGUGGCCGGCUCCCGUACCGCGGCAGUGGAUUUGCGGAGUGGGUCAGUUUGAAGCGCUCUGUCUCUCUUGUGAUCCAAGCCUUAAAACCAGGCUCAUUUGUGAGUACUAGUAAACUAAAGGGCGUCGCUGCCGGUAUACCGGGUUGAACUCGUUCAAUGAUUCCACACGAAUUGUUCACCAGCAAUUGAGUCUUGCAUGCAAUUGUGGUCCUGCUGUGUCGGACAGUGUCAGCUGCUCGUUUGUGCUGUGCCGCACGCAUGCAGUGGAUGCAUGUCUUGAUUUAUGUAACAUCAACACAUACACAUACACACACACACACAUACACACAUACACACGUGCGCACACAUCACACUCUUGCUUGUAUGCAGAGCACAAUGCCGCAGCGGCACUGCAAAACACGGCGCCAAUCCCUUCGCGCACAGUCACAGCGCACAUGCUGCCGUGUAGACUUGCUUGCUGUGAGCACUUUACCUUUCCUGAGAUGUUGUCAGUCACCGCACUGGAUCUAGCUAGCUGGCUUGUCGUUGUGCAUUGCCGCAUGGCAUUACUAUUGAUCAGGCUCCACUGGUGGAGCUGGGAGGCCCUCAUUGCCAUGAGAGCUUGUGAUUGAUCCUGUUUCUCCAGAUAUUCUUUCGGGCUAGUUUUAAUUAAGUUAUGUACAUCAUAGCCACCAUGAUAUUGAAGUUAUUAUUUUCCCUGAAAAAAAACACAUUAAAUUUGACAAGA